GACGGGAAGUGUGACCAACUUUUUCCACCAACCAAGCUCUACCCCGACACUAGUUUUCCGCACUGCCUUUCUUAUGUGAUAUAAAGCUGUGCUCUAGUGAACAGAACAGAACAGCUAACCGUGAAGAGUUUCACUUUCAGUUAUAUUUAUUAUCACAGAUUUCCUGUCCUCUCUUACAAACAGUGUACUGUCCCUUUAAAAGUAAAUGGGCCGCGCGCAGUCAGAGCUGCAGCCGCGUACAGGCUGAGCCCCCGCUGCUCCGCUCACUCGGGAUCCAUUCAUAAAUAAGACAUCGUUUGGAGAGGAUGCUCAUGUAAUCACGUCUCAUGUUUUUUUUAAAACUCAGCGGACCGGAUGCGAGGAGCACAGAGGAACCAGACAUGUUCACCACGGCUGGGGAACGUGAACCAGGGGCACGGCUGAGAGAGCAGGAGUGACUUCCCAUGGCUGACCCUCCUGCUGAUGGUUUUGACUUCAUGUGCGAGCCGUCAGGAGGCAGCUUGAUCCAGAUCGCAGCAUUUGUUGUACCCGGAGAAAUGCUCAUAUAUUCGCAGAGCUUGGUGUUUCCUACGAGCUUCCGCUUCACACAAGUUCUGGUUUAAAAAAGUCUACUGCUUACAUUCGAGUUCCAGUAUCUCUUAUAAUAAGAUCAAUGAUAGUAGCAUACAGCAGAUGAGCCGAGGAGCUGACACACCGAUGGAGCAGUGAGUUAUGGCAGCUAAAGAGGAACUGUAUGCCAAAGUGACCCCUCGGAGGCAGCGCCAGACCCGGCCGAGCACCGUCAAACAUGGGUCCACUCUGGACAUACUGCUGUCUAUGGGCUUCCCCAAGACCAGGGCCUUGAAAGCUCUUGUUUCAACGGGAGGGAAAAACGUGCAGGCAGCGUGUGACUGGCUCUUCUCCCACGUGGACGACCCGUUCUUGGAUGACCCUCUGCCCAGAGAAUAUGUGUUGUACUUGCGACCCAGUGGGCCUCUGCUCCAGCAGCUCUCACUCUUCUGGCAGCAGUCCCGCCUCUCCUGCGGCAAGAAUAAGGCCCAUAACAUCUUCCCUCACAUCACCCUCUGCCAGUUCUUCAUGUGUGCCGAUGGGAAGGUGGACGCUCUCUCAGAUGCGCUCCAGACCACAGCAGCCAAAUGGAAGUCUCGUAUACCUGCGCCUCUCCCACUGGAGCUCUACACCUCCUCCACCUUCAUUGGCCUUUUUGUGGAGGAGCAGGUGGCGGAAGUGCUGAAGAGUUUUGCUGCUGAUUAUGCCGCUGAAGCAGCAGCCAAAGCAGAUGUUCACGUUGAGCCACAUAAGAAACAGCUUCAUGUCACUCUGGCGUAUCACUUCCAAGCCAGUCACCUUCCAAUUUUGGAGAAGUUAGCCAAAGGUGUUGAUGUGUCUUCAGGCUGCGACUGGCUGGCCGUGCUCUUCUCCCGGGAUAUUCGGUUUGCGAAUCACGAGACACUGCAGGUCAUGUACCCGUACGCGCCUCAGAAUGACGAUGAGCUGGAGCUGGUGCCAGGAGAUUUUAUCUUCAUGUCUCCGGUGGAGCAGAGCACUGCCAGCGAGGGCUGGGUGUACGGCACCUCGCUGGGAACGGGACUGUCUGGCCUGCUGCCUGAGAACUAUGUCAGCCGGGCUGAUGAGUCAGACACCUGGGUCGUCCAUGGGUCUCAGUCUAUUCUCAACUGUGCCUCUCCGUCCAACUCUGGUAGCACUGUGGGCGGGUUAUUAUUUGACGGACAGCUGAAUGACAGUCUGCUUGACAGUCUUAUGGAUCCUCCCAGCCUCACCAGCCUCUGUCCUCCUAUGCAGGUUUCAAGGCAAAUUACUUCGUCGUCCCUGUCCAAGAUGAGGCUGUUUGUGUGUCGCCAUGGUGAGAGGAUGGAUGUGGUGUUUGGGAAACACUGGGUCACUCAGUGCUUUGACUCCAAAGGCCGAUACGUUCGGUCUAAUCUCAACAUGCCGUCCAGCCUGCCAGCUCGCAUUGGAGGUCACCGGGACUAUGAUAAAGAUUGUCCAAUUACUGUGUUUGGCUCCACCCAGGCCCGUCUUGUGGGUGAAGCCUUGCUGGAAAGUCACGCCAAAUUAGACUUUAUUUACUGCUCUCCUUCACUUCGAUGCGUCCAGACUGCACAGCACAUUCUGCAGGGUCUCCAGCAGGAGGGAAAAACAAAAAUACGCGUGGAGCCCGGAUUGUUUGAGUGGACAAAGUGGGUUUCAGGCACAUGCUUGCCCACCUGGAUCCCCCCAGCUGAUCUGGUUGCUGCUAACCUGAGCGUGGACACAACAUACAGACCUCAUAUUCCCAUAAGUAAGUUGACUGUGUCCGAGACGUACGACACCUACAUCAGCCGGAGCUUCCAAGUGACCCGAGAGAUCCUGGCAGAGUGCAAAAACCUUGGAAACACGGUCCUGAUUGUGGCCCAUGCUUCCUCCCUGGAGGCUUGCACUCGCCAGAUUCAAGGCCUUAGCCCCCAGAACUCCAAGGACUUUGUCCAAGUGGUCCGAAAGAUUCCUUACUUGGGAUUUUGUGCUUGUGAAGAAAUGGGAGAGACCGGGGUGUGGCAGCUGGUUGACCCACCCAUCUUGCCUCUCACACAUGGACCCAAUCACAGUUUCAACUGGAGGGAAAUGCUUAUGCAAGACUGAAGGAUAUGCUUUUUGGCUCUCUAUGCUUUGGCUGACCUGAACUGCCAGAAAAAUAUUUAUUUAUAACCCACACUGUUUUAAAUCCAGCCCUACUACCAAAAAAACACGUCUGGCUUCCUACAAAGACAUCAUGCAAAAAAAAAUGUGCAUUUAUUGAAGCAAAUGUAUUCAAAGGCACUGCUCAGGAAGGAGAAGAUUCAGUUUUAUUGAGAUCAAAGCGUAAAUGAACUAUAAAAUGGCACUUUGUCAUGUUUCCCUCAACGUUGUGUUUCUUAUACCUACAUGUGGAGAUGCUUCGAGGAACCAGGAUGUUUCUUGAUGGUUGCUGAUGAAGACUCAUGUUUUGUGACACAAGACAGUGCUGUCAAGCUCCGCCUGUGGCGGUGAAGAUUUUGUGUUUUUCAGCCUCCUCACACACUGUGACAAGAAUUAGAUGAGAGAAGCUUGUAAGACAGAAGUAUUUUUCCAUGUUUCAGAAAUUAUUAUUUUACUUGUAGCUUUGACCCCUCCAGUGAAAAAGCACAAAAGAGAUGCUGACAAUCAGACAGGGGAAGAACUGAUCUUCAUUGUUUCUGGUGCUGAGGAGGGUAGUUUAUGAUCCCUGUUUUAUUCCUGUAAAUGUCAUAUCAUUAAGCAAUUCUUUUAAGUUAACAUGUCUGUGCCCACAUGAAUCCUUUAACAUUCCUGUAACACAGUGUUGAUUACAUCACAGGUGCAAGUCAGUCAAAAUGACAAAAAAAGAAUAUAAUGAAAUGCAGAAUGCUGUUUGUUUAUUUUGUUCAGGAGCAUUAUAUUUUAGCUUGUUAAUCAUGACCCUGAUGCUUUAUGUAAGCCUGAUGACCACACUGCUUUUCGAACACAUUUCUUUUGGUUAUGUCAGCUGACUUAAGUGCUUACUGCCCAGAUCAAUUAUUUGUUCUAUGACUCAGAAAAUGUAUUCACACUCUAAAAGAUGAAUAAAGCAAGGUUGCAGCGAUAUGAAGGCUUAUACAUA